UGGCAACGCGGCGGUGAAGCCUGAUUGUGGGAACGCUUGUGCCGGAACAAACACCAAAGGUAGCAAUGUAGCAUCCAGCAUUUCAAAGAUAUUUUCUAGCUUUUAGUGGAAUAUACGAGCAUAUUUUAUACCACGAAAAAUAAAGUAGCCUGUCUCGGGACUGAAGGGCAGCUGCCGAUACUCGCUGUACAGCCUAACUUCUUGUGAGUAAACGAAGAUUUCCAGGUCUCUGUGUUCAGGAUAUAGCUUACAUUUCUUUUCUUUUUUUCACUUUACAGUUGUCUUACUGUAAAGACUGUAAUGUGCCAAUUUAAUGGUGUUGCAGCAAGUGAGAGGAUUCUUCUGAGAAGCAUUUUAUCCUCAGGCACAAUCGUCUUCAGAGUCGGUUAACUUGUUUAGCCUGCACAGACCCAUUUAUCCGCACUGUGUGUGCCAAGACUACAUGAUGCCAGAGGACAAAAACUGUAAGCUGCUCCAGCCAUUCAGGAACUCUGACGGGAAGAACAAGAAGAAGAAGAAGAAAAGACAGAAAGCCACUCCUCCAGAAAAUACAGUGAAAACUCAGGCUGUAUCUUUACCUCCUGAGACCUUGCCGGUGUCCCUGCUGCCCACACAGAGUCCAGAUCAGCCUUUAGGCCAACUGCCCAAGCUUAGAGCUACCAGUAAGAAGGACGGAGAACAGCUCGCUGGCAGCAGCCGGAGGAGCAAAAAACACCCCAAGGAUUCACCGGCCCUGCUGACAGCGACAAACAAAACCAGUGGUGGUGGAGCUCCGGCACAGGGGUACUUGGCACAGCUCAGCGCCCAGGCUAGGGAGAGCCUGAGGUGGGAGGGAGUGCUAGAGGACCCCCAGGCUGAGGAGAAGAGGCUGGAGCUGUACAGGGCCAACAGGCGGCACCGUUACAUCGCACACAGAGAGGCUCUGGUAAAAGAAACCCGUGAUGCAUUGAGACAGACUUUUCCUAAAGAGAAGCAAAGAGAAAAAGGCUUUGACUGAUAUUGACCAACAGGAGGCUGCGUCAUUACUGCAUUUGAGCACAUUAAAGAAGCAAAAUGAGAGCCUUAUGCUGUUAAUCAUCUCAGGCUUUAUUUGUUCACAGAUUAAAACAGAUUUAGCCACUGUGGCACAGAGUGAAGAUCCUCAGGCGCCAUUAAGAAGUUGAACUGAAGAGAAACUGAGCAUGUUGCCAGUUCUAUACCCUUUAAAGCACCCGACAGAAACGCAUUCUCUGUCAGGUACAAAAUACACAUCUACAGUGCCGCGACUGUCAGAGGACGAGAACAGGACGUCCUCCUGCUGAAUGGGCCUGUUAAAAACGUAAUAGAGGAUUUGCACAGUUUAUCUUGCGCUUCUAAAUUAUGUAACACUUCCAGAAAAGACCUAAAGUUGAUCUUUCAGGACUGAAACCCAAUCAGGAUAAUACCACUGAACCCCCGUCACAUCUGCGUGUCCACAGGUCAGUGAGGUAGAGGAGGGUUAAAUGGUUGGGGGGAGACAUGACACUUUUUUUCACCACUGCAAUGUAAGAACUUCAAAUAUAGGUUAGCUGUUUUCUUUUGAUUCUUUUCUUAUCCCAGAAAGCCAUCCACCAGAGUGUGUGAAGAUGUUUAAUUCAAAUUGAAAUUACUGUAACAAUGUGCUACUAUGCUGUCACACUAUCUAAUAAACUGUGUUUAAAAGCUCAAACUGUUAAGCAUAUUGGCUGUUCUAAUGUACAAAGUCCUGAAUCCAGCCAGGGAUAUACCCUUCUUUCUUACUUAUUUUUGUCGCUCUAUACUGUUAACUAUAAAAGGCAAAUUAAAAGACAAUUAAAAGUAAAUCUUUAAAAAGUCUAAAUUCCUAUAUGCAGUCUGAACUCCUGCCUGACUGGCAGGUAGCAGUGGU